AUGGCCGUUGUCGAGUGCUCCGCACCUGACUGCGCUUUCAAGACCGACGACGUGUCAGAGGCGCUCGCCAUCGCUCUGCUGACGAACCACGGACUGGCCCAUCAGAGAGCGCCGUACGUCGCGACCGAUCCGAUGCUGGCCCCCGCCCCUCAGGGCCCGAAUUUGGACUGCCCGAGGGUUGACGUUGGCGUGUCCAUUGAGGAGUGGAAUGUGUUUAUCCGCCGGUGGGAGGUCUUCCGCUCCCGUUCAGGGAUAGGUAAUGCCCAGGCCCCCUUCCAGCUCUUCCAGUGCGCCGGGCCCGAACUUGGUGACAGCUUGCUGAAGGCUAAUGCUACCGUCGCUUCGGGGUCGCUGCCAGAUCUCAUCACCGCCGUGGGAUUUAUGACUCGGACAUACGCUGGGAGGUGCUGGGGACCCCUGACGUUUUAG